AUGCUCCAGAGCAUGUUGGUUAUGGCGGGCUAUCCUUCGGACUCCGAGUCGCUUCACACAAAAUUCUUUCGCGAGUCAGUGGCACGAUCAUUGGGUUCCCAUCCUAAAGGAUGUGGCCCCCCCGACAGCUGGAAGAGCUUCAUGACGGAUGAUCAUACCCCAGUCGAGCUAAGCUGGUGCUGGUCAACAUCGCUAGCAACCCCUACGGUUCGAUAUUCGGUAGAACCAAUUGGCCCGUCUGCUGGGCAGGAAGUCGAUCCCAUCAAUACAGCCGCCAGUCAGCGCCUACUUGGAGAUGCUCUCUGUUUGACCAAUGACUUAGAUUUAUAUCUCCACCGCCAUCUCCAAAGUCUGCUGCUGUCAAGAAAUGAACCGGCCAGAAGGGAACAUCAAAAAUCGCUUCCUCCACAAUCACAAAGCUUCAUGGCUUUUGAUCUACUGGAAAAGUCUAUUGUUGUCAAACAAUACUACUUGCCUGGGUGGAAAGCUUUAGAAGAAGAGAAGACAAAGAUUUCUGUCAUUCGAGACGCUUUUCAAAAGCUCCCUGCACCCGCAAAGGGGUUGAUGGAUUCAAUUGAUAUCUUCAACGAAUUUCUCGACUCAUUCCCGGAUAACUUGCGACCAGUCGCCGAAAUCGUGGCCAUCGAUUGUUUGGAUCCAUCCCAGUCUCGAUUGAAAAUAUACGUUCGAUCACCUUUCACGACCUUGAAAAGUGUAAUUGAGAUGUUAAGUUUAGGUGGAAGGGCCCCUAAAACACAAGAUGAGCUGGACUCUCUACGGGAGCUUUGGUGCUCGGUUUUUGAUCUAAACCCCGCGGAGUAUCUUGACGAUCAGCCUCUUAGUGAAAAGGAGCAUCGCACCGGCGGUAUUCUAUACUACUUUGAGCUAAAACGGGGUGCGAAGAUUCCUAAGUCGAAGGUAUAUCUGCCCGUUCGACACUAUGCAAAAAAUGACGAGCAGAUUGCCCGAGGACUUUCAGAAUACCUUGCCCGCCGUGGGAGGACACUGGCGGCAGGCUCUUAUUAUGAUGGGGUUAAAAAGCUAUGGUAA